GCUUGGAAUUUUCCCUAUAAACUGUCAGUGCGUAGCCAGUCGUCAUGCAGAAUUGCAAUUUUACCGGCGGAUUCCUGAAUGUUCAGUCCCCUGAAAAGCCAGUGGCAAGAGUCCUCGUGUACAUAGCAUCAGAAGAUCGAACGAGGAAUGUGUACUACCUGGGACCAGCUCCACUGCAUGAUAUUGCAAAGCAAAUUGCUACGGCGGUUGGCCCAUCAGGUCCAAAUUAUGAGUAUCUUUUUCGACUGGAGGAAGCGCUGCAGGAAAUAGGUGUAGUUGACGAGGAAGUGGUAGUGCUCGCGGAGCUUGUGCGGAAUUUAAUGGCAUCAUCUCGUGCUGCAGUAAGGGGCGAUAAAACCUUUAACCCUUUGCCAGUAACGUUGGGGUGCCAACCCCCCCACCAGUCUACACCUUCUCACAACGAUGCGAACGGUACACCAAUAAGCUACAGGGAAGCUAAUGGCUUUGCGUUCAUAGAGGCAAGGGCCACAGGACAUAGUCUGCAAAUUGCAGCUGAAAUUGUGGCGGAGAUUGCAGCGGAACUGCCUGCAUGUGCAGCUGUAACACCAGAUGGAGUACUCGGGGCAUCUAAGGCUGCUGUGCCAUCAUGAAUGACUGCCAAAUGCCCCAAGAUGACGUCUGUUGACAUGCGGAGUGUUGCUGGUAACCCAGCCGCUGUGUCAUAUGAUUGCCUCCCAAACGCUUGGAGCCAAGGGGAAACAGGUUAGCCGUUCGCUGCUCCAUUACUCCCAUUGAAAGACCUGUCGGCUCAUAAAGGGCAGAUGCAUGUAUGUGUGUAUUGGAGACAGUGACAGAGAGAGAGUCCGAUGUGUUUUGGGCGCGUGCACAGGUAUCAGUGCGAGAGAGAGGUGUGUAUGUACGAGAGAGAGAGAGAGAGAGAGAGAGAGAGAGAGAGAGAGAGAGAGAGAGAGAGAGAGAGAGAGAGAGAGAGAGAGAGGCUAUAAAAGGCAGAUGCAUGUAUGUGUAUGCGAGAGAGUGAGAUAGGUUCCUACGUGUUUUGGGUGCAUGCACAGGUAUUAGUGUGAGGGAGAGAAGUGUGUAUGUAAGAGAGAGAGAGAGAGAGAGAGAGAGAGAGAGAGAGAGAGAGAGAGAGAGAGAGAGAGAGAGAGAGAGAGAGAGAGGUAUGUGGGAUAUAUCGUCAACUGCGAGGUCGACCUAGAACAGUGGCAGUCUGACAACAAAUGACAUGCUUUUCC